UUCGAGGACGCUUGCAAUGGCGUAAAAUGGAGUCUAUUAACCUGUGAUGUUGAUACGAUUGUUUUUAAUCACAAAAAGCUUUUCAUGGAAUUAAAAUGGCUGGUAAAGUGUGGAAUUCAGAAUUAUGGAAAGCAUGGGAUAAACAUGGGAAAAAUGAUUUCCUCAAGUUAAUCAAGCACAAAUUUAAGGAAGGCAACACUACAGAAUGGAGAAGAGGAUUAUACGAAUUAAUAUCGAAUGGAAUCCGUGGGAACAUAAAGAGGGACAAUGUAGUCCAGACAUUAGGUGAACUGAUGAAUAUCGAUGGGGCAAUACCAUCCGCGAUAGUAGAUAUAUUUACGUUAAUAGAUGUGGAAGCACAUAACGAAGAAAGAAAUAACUUUUAUUAUAUUGUGAAAGAAGCAGAAAAGUUUCUAACAGAUAGGAUAUUAAAGGAAAGAUUAGAAAUCGAUACCUUACAAGACGUAGGAACCCUGAAGAAUAAGAAUUUCCAAACCAAAUUUAUCAAAGUGAAGACAAAAUUGUAUUAUAAACAACGUAAAUUUAACUUAUUUAGAGAAGAAAGCGAAGGUUAUUCUAAACUUAUAGUGGAAUUGAAUCAGGAACGUCCGGAAAAUGAAGUACCAUCGAUACUAGAAAUUGUUAAAUCUCUCAUUGGAUAUUUCAAUUUAGACCCUAAUAGAGUACUCGACAUUUUAUUAGAAACUUUUGAAAAUCGACCUCAGGACGAUGCACUUUUUAUUCCUUUAAUUCGUUCGUAUAUGAGCGACCAGCAGGUGCUCUGUGAAGUUUUAGGAUUUAAAUAUUGUUGUACCGUCAAUGCUACUCCGUUUUCAUUACAAAAAGUUACUGCGCUAAUGUUGCAACACGGUGUCAUCAAAUUGGACGAUAUAUUGCCAUGGUUAGUGCCAGACGAUAGGACUAUUAUCAAAGAACACGAGCACGCGAUGAAACUAGCGAAAGAAUAUGUUCGCAAAUUGAGCAUAAUCUCUACUAAAGAUAAAGAAGAAGUCUUGGAGGAGAAAGAGAACCUACAGGAUAAGUAUUCGAGUAAUCAAAAGUUCGGAUUAUGCGAAGCACUUUUAGAAAUAGGAGCUUGGGAGGUGGCACAAAACUUAUUCGGUAGAUUACCAGAACACAGUCUCACAGAUCAGCGUCCUAUCGCGUUAGCGUUGUGUAAGAUGAUACAGGCUCUCAUCGAACCCGUUUACCGCAAAUAUUGCAUCAUAUCGCCAAAAAUACAAGGCAGAAGAAUUCCUCCAUUGAAGAGCUCUCUCGCACCAAAAUCCUUAGAAAGCCUCGAACAUAUACACGAUCAGCUGUUACCAAUGCUCAUAGUUCUCGGUCCCAAUUUACACCACGACCCUGUUUUAAUGUACAAAAUCAUGAGAUUAUGUCACGUGGUUAUCAAGCAGUGUCCAUUGGACUCGAACAAGCAGCCCGUCGACAAAAACAACAAUCUCUACUACGAUGUACUGACUAUCCUCGACGUGGCGCUGUUACCCUCAUUGUCUUUUAUGGAUUGCAAUUGUUGCGUCGCGGAAGAAUUAUGGAACAUUCUAAAAUAUUAUCCAUAUCAAAAUCGAUAUUGCUUGUACGCUCGCUGGAAGAACGACACACCAUUGCAGCACGCUGCUCUUCUGCGGAAAAGAGCUGACGCGCAGAAGAUGAUCAAAUCUAUCAUGAAGAGAGUGAGCAAGGAAACUAUCAAACCUGUGGGAAGAUCGAUAGGGAAAUUGACUCAUUCGUCGCCUGGUGUAUUAUUCGAUUACGUUCUUAUACAGAUUCAGUUGUACGAUAAUCUCAUAGGACCUGUUGUAGAUUCUUUAAAAUACCUGACGAAUAUUUCGUACGAUGUACUCGGUUACUGUCUCGUGGAAGCUUUGGCAGGCGCGGAUAGAGAUAGAUUUAAGCACGAUGGCACCAGCAUAUCCCUCUGGCUCCAAUCUCUUGCUUCUUUCUGUGGAGCCAUAUUCAAGAAAUAUAAUAUCGAACUCACCGGUCUGUUGCAAUACGUAGCCAACCAACUUAAAGCACAAAAAAGCUUAGAUUUGUUAAUAUUGAAAGAGAUAGUACAAAAAAUGGCAGGCAUCGAAGCCGCGGAGGAGAUGACUUCGGAUCAGUUGGAUGCCAUGGCGGGAGGAGAUUUAUUGAAGAACGAGGCUGGUUACUUUAGUCAAGUACGUAACACAAAGAAAUCAUCUCAACGAUUGAAAGAAGCUCUCGCCGAACACGAUCUCGCUGUAGCUCUGUGUCUUCUGAUGGCGCAACAGAAACAUUGCGUCGUGUACAGAGAAACGGAUAAAUCUCACCUAAAACUCGUUGGAAAGUUAUACGAUCAGUGUCAAGACACGUUAGUUCAAUUCGGAACGUUCUUGGGUUCGACGAUGACGGUUGACGAGUACGUGGAGAGACUUCCCUCCAUACAUUCUAUGCUCCAGGACAAUCACAUACAUUCUGACGUUGCAUUUUUCCUCGCGAGACCCAUGUUCGCCCACGCUAUUAACAUUAAAUACGACGCGCUGCGUAAAGCAGACCCAAACUACAAGAAGAUGUCGACUACUAUGAAGCAAGCGAAAUACGCAGAAGCUGCGCAAGCAGUCAUGGCGCCUGUCGCGCAGUCCGUUAGACCUUUGCACCCCUUGAAAGUAUGGGAAGACAUUUCGCCGCAAUUCUUGGUGACAUUCUGGUCGCUGUCCAUGUACGAUUUGUACGUCCCUGUUGAAAGUUAUCAGCGCGAAAUUAACAAGCUGAAGCAACUCGCGAUACAGAGUGCUGACUCGAAAGACGUGAAUGUUAGUAAAGGAAAAAAGGAACAGGAAAGAUACACUACGUUAAUUGAGAAAUUGCAAGAUGAAAGGAGAAAACAGGAAGAACACGUUGAAAAAGUAUUCGCGUAUCUGAGACAAGAAAAGGAUUCGUGGUUCUUAUCUCGGAGCGCCAAAUCAGCAAAGAACGAAACGAUAACCCAAUUUCUACAACUGUGCCUGUUUCCUCGCUGUACAUUUACCACUGUGGAUGCCAUGUAUUGUGCAAAGUUCGUUCACACUAUACAUUCAUUAAAGACUGCGAAUUUUUCGACGCUUCUUUGCUACGACAGACUUUUCUGUGAUAUAACGUAUUCAGUUACCUCGUGCACCGAGAACGAAGCGAAUCGUUACGGAAGAUUUUUAUGCGCCAUGUUGGAGACAGUAAUGAGAUGGCAUUCGGAGAAAGCCAUAUUCGAUAAGGAAUGCAGCAACUAUCCUGGAUUCGUGACAAAGUUCCGAGUUAGCAAUCAAUUCUCCGAAGCGAACGAUAUGGUAGGAUUCGAGAAUUACAGACACGUCUGCCACAAGUGGCACUACAAAAUUACCAAGGCUAUAGUAGUCUGCUUGGACUCUAAGGAUUAUGUACAAAUAAGAAACUCUUUAAUAAUACUAAUAAAAAUAUUGCCACACUUUCCUGUAUUGGCCAAACUAUCCCAAAUCCUCGAACGUAAAGUCGAGAAAGUCAGAGAAGAGGAACGCGGACAACGUCAGGAUUUACAUGUCCUGGCCACUUCCUACAGUGGCCAACUGAAAGCCAAAACCCCGAAUAUGAUUCGCGAAGCAGACUUUCAUCACGUGGGAGAUAAGGCGGGAAAGACGCAAGAUGCUCCAAGCAACGAUGUGUCGGAAAAAGUCGGCGACGGAAUGUCGAGUAAAGAGAUCACCAACGGCGACACUCGAAUGGAAAAGGAAAAUAAGGAUCAGCGGGAGAAACGAAGCGCGUCGAAUCAAAUACAUCACGAAAGUUCCGAGAAAAUCAGGAAGAAAGACGAGAGCAAGGAGAGUUCGGAUGGAAAGGACAAGCACGCGAAAAAGGAGGAAAUUAAGGAAGACGAUCCUAUAGAUAAAAAGGAUAGAAAAUAUUAUAAAGAAGAACAUUAUUACAGCAGCGGAGUAGACAAUUUAGAUCGAGAUCUUUCUAGCGUAUCAAACAGUAGCGCUAGUUCUGGACCAACGCAGGAUGGAUCUGACAGAGAUGCAAAAAGGAGAAAAGUUGAGAGCAUACAGAAGCAGGAAGGCAGACGCGCAGAAGGCAAUUUAGACAAGAAGGAGCGUUCGAGUAAGGGGAAAAUAAGGGACGAACAAAAAGAACUGCGCAAAGAAAAGAAAUUGGGUCGGAAAAGGGACAGAGCAGACGAUUCAGCCGUCACAACCGAACAGAAAAGAAGAAAAGACGACGAAAGAGCCAAAGGAGCGCAUCAAAACGGUGAUAUUCCAGAACACAGAGAAAAACAUCAUUAUAAUAAGUUGAUAAAGACGUCCGCUUCGAGUACAUUGAAAAGACGAAAUGGGAGACAAUAGCAAAGACCAGAAAAAAUAGGAAAAGUCACCCUACACAAAGGAACGUACUCAUGAACGGGAAGGACGUGAAAAUCGAGAUAAACAAUAUCC